ACGGAGCCACUUUCUAGGGGCAUGGUUGGUCAUCACUCGACACACUCCAGAACCACAACCUCAACCCUAAGGUGAAUGUGACUGUGACAGCAUCUGAGUUCUAUUGCAAGUUUCAUUGACCUGUAAUAUAUACCUCUACGUACUUGUACUUGUACUCAGUGAUCGUUUUGUUUAUAAUGUUAACAUUACUCACUUGGACUCUGGAUAUUAUUUAUUUGUUAUAUUAGUAAUUUUUGUUUUAAAAUUGUUGGCCUGGUGAUUUGAUUGUUGGUCUUUAUCUGACAAGUGACCUUGACAUUUAAAUAAGGUGGAAGAGGUUGUUGAAAUUAUUGGGGGUAAAAAAAGGGAUUUUGUGGGUGUGAUUUAAAAUUUAAGAGAUUUUUCAGAAUGAGCGAAACCGAGAUGAUGACAAAUGGCUGUAGCAAAGACCCAAGCAACACAGCGAUAAUGAUAACCGAGCAGGAGCGCGACUUGGCAAACAGCGCGUUAAAUGAGUUCAAAAAGCGCAAUUACACAAGCUGCUUGACGUACCUCAACAAGCUCGAAGCUCUUCGACCGAAAGAUCUGAAAGUGAUGCACAAUAAAAUCAUCGUCGAGUAUUACAAGAGCGAUUUGACCAAGACGGAGCUGGCACGGAAGAGUUUGAACGCGAUUUGCGGAUCUCCUUCAUCGCCAGUAACAGUAACUUCCUCAGAGGAUGCUGGAGAUACAACCAGCGACGGGACUGACGACGCUGAAAAGUGCGUGAUGAGAUACAACCAGGCUGUGCUGCUGUACCACAACCGGCAGUAUGAUCUCGCUUUACAGAUCCUGGAAAAAUUGUUCAGCUUUGUCGAGCCGAUGGAGGAAAAUUUAGCUUGGAAAGUCUGUUUAUUUCUCAUUGAGCUCUACAUCCAGACCAACAGACUUGCUUUGGCUUUGGCGCUCGUUAAUUACGUCGAGAAUCAAUUUAUUUGCAGCAACGUCGCUGAUACUAAAAUAAACGCAGCUUCCUCAUCAUCGAGUUCAAUUAAUUUAGAAAAAGAAAAAGAUAAAGAGACUUGUAGAAUAAUUUUAAAAGAAAAGAAAAAUGAUAAUUGGCUGCCGAGUAAUUCCGAUUCAAACAAUGAAAUGUUUCGGAUAAAAUUACUUAAAUAUAAAGUGAGACUCUUGUUGCUACUCCAGCACCCGAAGCUUUGUAAGAAAGAGUGGAAGCUGCUGAUGUCUUUGACUGGGAAUUCAAGUCAAAGUCCAGGAGCUGAAAUUGAAAAAGCUGGAUCUAUUUCAACAGUGUUUCUCAAGGCUCAUCUAGAGUAUGUAAAGGGAAAUUACGCUAAGUCGAUGACUCUUUUAAAUUCCUGUACAGGAAGCAGCGCUGAUCUAGACUAUAAAAUUCAUGGAGAGUCAGCGGCUGUUAUUUAUUACAAUAAUAUCGCGUGUGUGCAUUUUGCGAGAGGCAAGCCGAACUUAGCAGCGUUUUAUUUAAAACGCGCGUUGGUAGAAAAUAAGAAAGCGAUUGAUGCUGCGAGGGUUAAGGAUAACAAUUCUAGUAAUUCAGGGACUGAUAGCUCGGCGCAAUUUCUGUACACGCUGGGAGCCGGCGAUAAGCAUCAUGAACUGAUGUUUAAUUUGGGCGUCGCGCUUCUGGGUGCCAAUCAAGCCACCAAGGCCUUUGAUUGCUUCACUGAAGCUGCUAGAGGAUGCACCAGACUGCACAACAGCCCGGAACUUUGGUUACGGAUGGCUGAGUGCUGCAUUCAUUGUUAUAAACCGUCCAACAAAAUAGAUUUCGACAUGACUACAAGAAGACAAAGACCAACAAUGAGAGGUCAGCGAGGCAGGUGUCAAGAUUUGGUACAGAAAGCGGUCGGAGGUGUAGGUCAGCACCGCAAAUUAAUAUUAGCUUCAGCAUUGAACAAAGAUUCUAGGUAUCACACCCACAGUCUUGCAUACGCCAUGCCGCAGCCGACAUUAGAGUUCGCAAUGUUGUGUCUUAAGAACGCUCUGUUCACAUUGUCGAGGUCUCCUUACGAGGAAGCUACGGACAAAAGCGCCAAGUCGAUGCUGAUAACUCCGCCGUCUAGUUUCUUGUCGGAGGGAAAUACCAGCGCUGGGCUGCUCAGCAGCGGGUCAACCUUAGCGACAGGCAUAGCCGAAGACUCGACGACUACGCCAAUGAAUGCUGGAACCACGAUCCAAAUUCUCCAGGCGAAAUGGAUGUCCGAAGCGAUUAGUCUUAAGAUCGCUAUCCUAGCAGCCAGCGCGUAUGUGUCGCUCUGUCUGGGUGACUAUAUCUUGGCGUUAGAGCACGCGAGGAUGCUUCUGAAGAUUGACUCACUGCCAGGUGCUUACAAAAUGCUGGGAAAUUUGUACGCUGCCGAAAGUUUGAUCCUCAUGGACAAAAUUAAUGAAGCGAUUACGCAUUUGAGGCUGCAGAAUUUAGAAGACAUCAGCACUAUGAUGCCGCCAGUUCUCAUUCCAUCUGAAGAUGAUGAUACUGAUAAUAAAAAUGAAGCUAAAAAAGAGUCAUCAUUAUCAGCUUCGUGGUUUCCUAAAAGUUUGAACACCGCUAAAGGAAUUUUGAGGUACAAUCUCGCGGUCAGUUAUGCGAUACGCGGAGAGCUCGAUAAGUCUGGCGAGACACUCAAACAUGUAUGGCUGUCGAAAGGCCCUGAUUGCGAUGUUCCUAUUCAUGUGAUAAUGCUUGCACUGUACAUUGAACUUCAAUUAGGGCACGACGAAGUCGCUAGAUCAAUUGUAAAACAGCAUUGUCCACAAUACUGGGCCUAGUUGUUAACCUACUAAAUAUAUUUUAAAAUUUUGUAAAUUAAUUUGUUUAAAAAAAAUAAAAUUCAAAAUUAAUUUUUUUAUAAAUGUAAA